GGGCCCGGUCCUCCUUCUCCCCCUCCUCCCGCCCCGCCGACCCCCGCCGCGCCCCGCCGGCCUCCCACCACGGCCUCUCUCGGCGAGGAAACUCUGGCCUCCGCUUCCUCCUCCUCCGACUCGGACGCCGGCGGUGCCUCCCCGCCCCCGCGGAAGAAGCCCCGAGCCUCGGCGGCGGAGGGAGCAGGAGAGCCCGGGGCCUCGGCCGGCCGAGCAGGCCUCCCCCCCCAGCCCUCGCCCUCGUCGGCCGCCUCCUCCUCCGUGGUGGUGGUGGUGGGACUGCCUCCGGCCGCCCCCGCCGUCCCCCAGCGGAGCAGCGGCCACAGCCUGGUCAGCGGCGGCACCAUGCAGGCCAACGGGGCGGGAGGAGGCGGCGGCGGGGGCGGCGGGGGCCAGGGCCAGACCCCGGAGCUCGCCUGCCUGUCGGCGCAGAACGGGGAGUCGUCCCCGUCGGCGGCGUCCGCGGGGGACCUGGCCCACGCCAACGGGCUCCUGCCUGCCGCCCCCUCCGCCGCUGGCAACAAUAGCAACAGCCUGAGUGUCAAUAACGGGGUUCCCGGCGGGGCCGCCGCGGCCUCCGCCACCGCCGCCGCCGCCCUGGCUACCCCCGAGCUGGGCAGCAGCCUCAAGAAGAAGAAGCGGCUCUCGCAGUCCGAUGAGGAUGUCAUUAGGCUCAUAGGACAGCACCUCAAUGGCCUAGGGCUCAACCAGACUGUUGAUCUCCUCAUGCAAGAGUCAGGAUGUCGUUUAGAGCAUCCUUCUGCUACCAAAUUCCGAAAUCAUGUCAUGGAAGGAGACUGGGAUAAGGCAGAAAAUGACCUGAAUGAAUUAAAGCCUUUAGUGCAUUCUCCUCAUGCUAUUGUGGUAAGAGGCGCACUUGAAAUCUCUCAAACGUUGUUGGGAAUAAUUGUGAGGAUGAAGUUUCUGCUGCUGCAGCAGAAGUACCUGGAAUACCUGGAGGACGGCAAGGUCCUGGAGGCGCUUCAGGUGCUGCGCUGCGAACUGACGCCACUGAAAUACAACACAGAGCGCAUUCACGUUCUUAGUGGGUAUCUGAUGUGUAGCCACGCGGAAGACCUCCGGGCCAAAGCUGAAUGGGAAGGCAAAGGGACAGCUUCCCGGUCCAAACUACUGGACAAGCUUCAGACGUAUUUACCACCAUCAGUGAUGCUCCCCCCACGGCGUUUACAGACUCUGCUGCGGCAGGCGGUGGAACUACAGAGGGAUCGGUGCCUGUACCACAAUACCAAACUUGACAAUAAUCUAGAUUCUGUGUCUCUACUUAUAGAUCAUGUUUGUAGUAGGAGGCAGUUCCCCUGUUACACUCAGCAAAUACUCACGGAGCAUUGUAAUGAAGUGUGGUUCUGUAAAUUCUCUAAUGAUGGCACUAAGCUAGCCACAGGAUCAAAGGAUACCACGGUUAUCAUAUGGCAAGUUGACCCGGAUACGCAUCUGUUAAAACUGCUUAAAACCUUAGAAGGACAUGCGUAUGGCGUCUCUUACAUUGCAUGGAGUCCAGACGACAGCUACCUUGUUGCUUGUGGUCCAGAUGACUGCUCCGAGCUUUGGCUUUGGAAUGUACAAACGGGAGAAUUGAGAACAAAAAUGAGCCAAUCUCAUGAAGACAGUCUGACCAGUGUAGCCUGGAAUCCAGAUGGGAAACGCUUUGUGACAGGAGGUCAACGUGGCCAAUUCUACCAGUGUGACCUGGAUGGAAAUCUUUUGGACUCCUGGGAGGGGGUGAGAGUGCAAUGCCUGUGGUGCUUGAGUGAUGGGAAGACUGUACUGGCUUCUGACACACACCAGAGAAUCCGGGGCUACAACUUCGAGGACCUUACAGAUAGAAACAUAGUACAAGAAGACCAUCCUAUUAUGUCAUUUACAAUUUCAAAAAAUGGCCGAUUAGCUUUGUUAAAUGUAGCAACUCAGGGAGUUCAUUUAUGGGAUUUGCAAGACAGAGUUUUAGUAAGGAAAUAUCAAGGUGUUACACAAGGGUUUUACACAAUUCAUUCAUGUUUUGGAGGCCAUAAUGAAGACUUCAUCGCUAGUGGCAGUGAAGAUCACAAGGUUUACAUCUGGCACAAACGUAGCGAACUGCCAAUUGCGGAGCUGACAGGGCACACGCGCACAGUAAAUUGUGUUAGCUGGAACCCACAGAUUCCAUCCAUGAUGGCCAGUGCCUCAGAUGAUGGCACUGUUAGAAUAUGGGGACCAGCACCUUUUAUAGACCACCAGAAUAUUGAAGAGGAAUGCAGUAGCAUGGAUAGUUGAUGGCGAAUUUGGAGCAGACGACUUCUGUUUAACUUAAAAUUAGUCGUAUUUUAAUGGCUUGGGAUUUGGUGCAAACAAACAUGAUUGAUAGCUGGACAGACAUGCUCGUCAUGAAAAAGAACCAUUUCUGAAGCCCGAUUGGGGCCAAACACUUACACCUUGCUUCAUAGUAACCAGUUGAUGAAGCACGUCGUUAGAACGUUGUUGGACACCAUGUUGAAUUAUCCCCCAUCGGUUGUGAAGAACUGUGCUACAUUCAGGCUUACCCAUUGAACUCAGUAUAUAUAUUUUUCCCUCCUGCCUUUUGUCUGGUGGGACACCAUUCUUGUUGCUCUUCUGUGUAAUGAAGUUCAAAUGCUUGUUUGGAAACUUUAUUUAACAGUUUAGAAGGCUUGAUAGGAAGAGUUCAUUAGUCUGAAGAGUAUACAUUGGACAGGAAAGAACCUUCUUUUGUUUCUCCAAAUCUUUCCGCCUUAUUUAGCUUGAGAUCUUUGCAGCUUGGUUCGUGGAUUCUAGCCUUGCCCGUUGCGCAGUAUAUACUGAUCGGAUGACAAACCAGUGAACUAUGUCAAAAGCACUCUCAAUAUCACAUUUGACAAAAAGUUUUGUACUUUUCACAAAGCUUGUUGCCCCGUAAAAGGGUUAACAGCACAAUUUUUUAAAAAUAAAUUAAGAAGUAUUUAUAGGAUUAAAGUGACUUCAUUUGUAUACAUUUGGAAUCUAAACCAGCUUAAAAAGCAGCUUCCUCUGUGACUCAGAUACGCAGUGUAAUGCUGCUCUUGUGGAGUACCACCUGAGACGUGGCAUGGUCAGAGACAGUGCUCAGGAGGAAAGCCAGACAGACACUUGGAAGGUUCCCUUUUUUAUUUUAUUCUGAAGGAACAUCAGUCUUGAUACUGAAGAAAUACAUCAGCCGUCAGUCCAGGUUUUCAAGAAAGCUUGUUCCAAGUUCUUCUGGACUUGGGGGAGUCUUUUUCUGUGUGAUGUAGCAAAAGUUGAGAUCAGAAGAUAGACCCACUUUGGGGAUCCUAGAGUAGUUGGAUCUUAGAAGAGUUCAGCAGGCUACAAACAUGUAAACUGGAAUUAAAAUCCGAGUCAUUUCU